AUGGCUUUUGUUGCUGCUUUUCUUGCCGUGGCCGGUCUGGCUAGCGGUGCGACUAUCACCACGUCAGAGCCUGCCGUGGCCGCAAUUGAUCGAGCUGAGGCCACUACCGUGCCACAAACCUGGACCUCUAGCGUCAAGGGUUUAGCUUUUGAUCGUUUCUACCAGAUCUGGCUGGAGAAUGUCGACUAUAACAACGCUGCUGCCAAUGUUGACCAGCAGUGGUUGGCGAGCAAGGGUAUUACCCUGACCAACUAUUAUGGUGUCGGCCACACAUCUCAGCCCAACUACUGUGCCGCUGCUAGUGGUGAUAACUACGGCAUGGACAACGAUCUCUUCCACAAUAUCCCGUCCAACGUGUCAACGAUCGCUGAUCUGCUGCAUACGAAGGGAAUCUCAUGGGGCGAGUACCAGCAGGAUUUGCCCUAUCCAGGCUUCCAGGGCUACAACUAUUCCAACCAGGAGACCUAUGCCGAUGACUAUAUGCGCAAGCACAACCCUCUGGUGAUGUUUGACCAGAUCUCCAGCAACGACACUGCUCUGCGCUUGAUCAAGAACUUUACUUCUUUUUACGACGACCUGAGCAACAAGCAGCUGCCCCAGUGGGCCUUCAUCACCCCAAAUAUGACCAACGAUGCCCACGAUACCAACAUCACCUUCGGUUCACACUGGCUCCGAGGCUUCGUGUCUAAUCUUAUGGAUAACACCUACUUCUGGGACAACACUCUGCUGCUGUUGACUUUCGAUGAAACUGAGACCUACAACGUUCCUGAGUCCGAAAUUUACAACGACCGCAACCGUGUGUUCAGUAUUCUACUAGGCGGUGCUGUCCCCAAGGACAUGGUUGGCACCAAGGAUGAAACAGUCUACACCCACUACUCAAGUAUCGCAUCUGUCGAGGCUAACUGGGGCUUGCCCUCGUUGGGUCGCUGGGACUGUGGUGCUAACCUGUUCAAGCUGGUCGCCGACAAGGUCAACUACACGAACUGGGACAUCGACGCCAGCAGCCUGUGGUUGAAUCAGUCUCUUCCCGGCCCGCUGGAGCGCUGGGGUUAUUCUAAAUACCGUGCCAGCUGGCCUGUGCCGACCACGAAUGACUCGUGCUCGGCUGGCAAUGGUAUUCUCCAGUCAGUGAUUGACACCUACAAGGGCCGCGCCCCGACUUAUAACUACUCAUCGCCCUUCCCCUACGACGCCGCGUACGGCCUGGAUACCGGUGUUUCUUACUCUCGCAAUGGUGAGACCUACGUGUCUGGUGUCAAUACUACAGGUAUCGUGGGCUAUGAUACGAAUUCGACCACCACAUCUAGCUCUGCAGCUGCAUCCUCGAGUACCGGUGCCGCCUCUAAUCUGGCCAUUCCAGUCACUAGCUCCUUCGCCGUUAUCUUGAGUGCCUUUUUUGGUCUCUUGUAA